CCUCAUCUUUUCGCGCCAUGUGCAUUCUGGCGAGCCUUCUUUGCCCGACAUGCGGCAUCAUCAACGACCACGGAAUUCGCAUAUGCGACAGCAUCAAGCAGAUAUGUUGCGAACAAGCGAAAUCUUCCAGGAACUAUAAUAAUUCAGACUUGCCUACUCAUUGCCCAGACUUUGUUUGGCCUCCCAUUCAUCCCCUACCCCUUUACAGCCAACUCUGUGAGGAGUGUGUCCUCAAAUACCGCCGUGAUGAGGAAGUAAUCAACCCAAUCUGCCCCAACCUUCGAGGGAAAAGGCUGAAUGAGGAAGAGGAGGUUGAAGAAUGGACUGAAACGAGCGACAAAUAUAACAACUGGGUGACAAGACUGAGCGAGACACCUCACCGUCACAUUACUCUGCGUAUCCCUUGUUGCAACCUUUGCAAGAAACCCACAUUUUUCAUUAGAGAGAACGACGAGUACAAGGACGUGGACAACACCACAUUCGGCAUCGAAGGUAUCGAAUUGGAGUUCAACUCAACCUUGUGGAAGUGGCUGUGCCUGACAGACGGAAAGCAAGCACUGGCCACGCGAUUGUCGACUGGCUUCAUAAACAAGCCAUGUCCAACCUGCGUCGAGAAUGAAAGCGUUAGGCGUGGAAAGGUAUACCAGUUCCUCGAUACGUGCAACCAGAGAGAGGCUUAG